AUGGAUAGCACCUAGUGUGAAUUACAACCUCAUCAGUAUCGUUGGCUAAAUGGUAUUUGUAUAAAAUAAGUCUUUGUAAGGCAAUGAGUAUGAAGAUUUAUUGAUGAAUGGUAGAGAUCACUAAAUACCUAUGUUUGACGAACAUCCAGAAGAUAUUUAUUAUGAACCCAAAAGUAAAUCUUAUUUCCAUUCAUUAUUAUAGAUGGUUAUUUAUACUUCUUGAGAAAAGCCUCUCUAAGAAAUUUGGGAUUUCCAAGACUAAAAGAUAAUUCAAAAAAGGUGUUCAAAUGGAAAAAAAUGAACUUUUAAACACCACUUCCAAAACAUUGUCCUAAAGUAUCCUACAUCGUAUGUAGUACUACUACAUGUCUCGAUGUCCCUCAUUACCGCAUGCAUAUUGUUUAACUUUUUAACUAACGCGAUGAAGAAGGUGUUCUCCUAUGUCAUGUGCUACAGAUUUGCAAUAGACUUACUCCAAUCCAGCAAAUCAAAGAUCAAUCUCCAGUCUCUUUUGAAGAGUAUGAAGAAAUCAGAAAUUGUAAGAAACGCCUGAGUGAUUGCAUGGAGAGGUCUAUGGAUAUCAUGCUUGAAGUUCAAGAUUUGUAAAUGAGAACAGCCUUACUUGAUGAUGAUACUAACUAUAUACAACAAAAAUUGCAAUCUAAGGAAUAACGAUUGGAAAAUAUGAAAUUAUAUGGGGAUAUGUUAUAGAAAUAUGAACGAUACAUCAAUGCUGUUAUGGAAGGAUAUGAAGUUAUUCGUAGAUAUGAUGAUCUCUGA